UAUUUGCUACGUUACGGACACAAAUGGAAACUAUAAAUUAUUUAUCUUUUCAAAACAUAAGUCAGUUCUAGACCCCCAUCAACUGAGCGAGAACCUGAGCUGGCAAAAACGAUAGUAAACAAUAUUCCUUUAGAAUGGUUCGUUCGUUGAGUUAAACUCCCCAGACCAAUGAACGGAAUGCCGAAUAAAUCGAUAGAGAAACCGGAAAAACGUCUUUCCGAGGAGCAAGUUGCUGAACUCCGCGAGGCGUUUUCCUUGUUCGACAAAGAUGGCGGUGGAUCAAUUUCAUCGUCUGAACUGGCCGCUGUCAUGAGAUCCCUGGGACAAAAUCCAACAGAAGAAGAACUCAAGGAAAUGAUCGCUGAUGUGGAUGAAGACGGAAAUGGUGAGAUAGACUUUGAAGAGUUUCUUCAAAUGAUGUCCAAAAAAAUUACAACAUGUGAUACAGAGGAGGAAAUCAGAGACGCUUUCAGAGUGUUUGACAAAGAUGGAAACGGUCUGAUUAGUUCGCAUGAGUUACGACAAAUUAUGAUGAAUCUCGGUGAGAAACUAACAGAUGAAGAAGUGGAUGAGAUGAUGAGAGAGGCAGAUCUUAAUGGUGAUGGGCAAAUUGAUUACGAAGAAUUCUUGCUGAUGAUGAAGAAGCAGAUGCAAGCGAGGGACACCGAGAGUGAAAUACGAGAAGCAUUUCGAGUGUUUGACAAAAAUGGAGACGGAAUGAUUAGUCAUUCAGAACUUCGUAAUGUGAUGACGAGCCUCGGAGAGAAGUUAACAGAGGAAGAAGUUAGUGAAAUGAUGAAAGAAGCUGAUCUGAAUGGAGACGGAUACAUCAACUUUGAGGAGUUUGUGAUCAUGGUGUCAAACAUUGAAAAGAACCCAGAGGCUCCCCCUCAAUAUUUGUAAUGCCCAAAAUUAAUAAUUAAUAAUUAAUAAUUAAUAAGUAAUGCCCAAAUUAAUGAUCUAUUAAUUUUUUAAAUCUGCAUUAUAUUGAUAUAAUUUUAUUCUAUCCUCAGAGUUUGUGAUCAUGGUGUCAAACAUUGAAAAGAACCCAGAGGCUCCCCCUCAAUAUUUGUUAGCUACUAAGUAGUUUUUUAAUCCAUCUGACAUGAUUGGAACGUUUCUUCAUCUAGCAAUGAAGAGUUAUUUAUUGCCAAUAAAGAAAGGUGUAGGAAUGAAGUAUGAAGUAGAACCGAGGAAGUGUAUAUAGCAUGUAAAUAUAUGUGUAAAUUUGUAAAUAGAAAAAUAUUGUAGGGGACAGUUCCGCCUUUUGUCUAGCAUGACAUAUUAACCCAGAGUUGAUAUUAGCAAAGUUAAGUAUGCAAUAACUACUUUAUGUUCAAACAUUUUUUUAACUCUUAGCGGUUUAAUCAGCUGACCCUCUGUCGUUCAAAGAUUACAGAGAAGAACAAGCUCCCACAAGUUGACUCUCUCGACGAUUAAUUAAUUCCUACCUGUACGCUGUUAACUGCCUCUGUUGUACAUUAUUUCAUGACUGACUUGUCAGAUGAUCUGCUAACUUAACAGACAUUUCCACAAAUUUUAAGAUCGACAUACUGGAGUUCUGCUUUAUGUAAUUGUUGUUUUGAUAAACUUUUAUAUUACAUCAAAGUUGAUAUUAGCAUUAAAUUUAAGUCAAACA